AUGAUCGCUAUUGAAGAACGAAAAAAUAUAGUCGAACAAACAGAACCUACUACUACUAAUAAUAAUACAUCACUACAGAAAACUUUACUACUUGGUUUUACACCUUUAGUUAUAGCGAUUUUAUUAUACAUUAGUUUAAGUGUAUGCAUACAAGCAUCACGUUGUUAUUCAAAUUGGCAACUUAAAAGACAAUUAGAAAUCGUUCGAUGUUCUGAACAAUGCCUCGUUGUUUCAAAUCCGUCUAUCGAUGAUUCCGACCAACAAGCGUUUCCUCAAGUCGUUUGA